UAGCCUAGCUGUGUGGUUCCCAACCACAGCCUCCCUGAACAUCUCGGCAGGCAGGGUUCCUAAGCUGUCUUUCUAUCUGUCUGUCUGUCUGUCUGUCUGUCUGCCUGUCUCCCCGUCCUGACCAGGGACAGAGGGCAGCAGCCUGGCCAAGGGCAGGGGAGAUCCAUAAAAGGUUUUUAACUGUACCAUCGCCCCCUAACACAUUCACACCUCUACACACAUAGAUACACAAUCCAUAAAUACACACCUCCUCACACUCAUACACACACACACACACACACACCAGAGAUAAGGAAGGUACAUCCACAAAUACAUUCCACUAGCUUGGAGGCCCUGAGCCACACCAUGCAGAGAGCCACUUUUCUCCUGGUCCUAAUGGCUGUGGCCACGGUGAGCACCCAGCGGAGGGGGGCCGAGGGCAGUGCCCGUCGCCGCUCCCAUCGGGUCCAGCAUGGUCAGUGCAGCUACACAUUUGUUCUGCCGGAACCCGAGCCGUGCCCAGCAGGGCCAGAGGCCUUUGGCAGCAGUGCCAACACCCUGCAGCGGGACUCGCCAGCAGAAGCGCUUCAGGGGAAUGACUGGUCAGUCCAAAGGGUGCAACAGUUAGAGAGGGUCCUGGAGAACAACACCCAGUGGCUGCUGAAGCUGGAGAGCUACAUCCAGAUGAAUAUGAAGUCAGACAUGGUUCAGAUCCAACAGAAUGUGGUCCAGAACCAGACAGCGACCAUGCUUGAGCUUGGCACCAAUCUGCUCAACCAGACAGCCCAACAAACAAGGAAACUCACUGAUGUGGAAGCCCAGGUACUGAACCAGACGUCCAGGAUUGAGCUCCAGCUACUUGAGAACUCACUAUCCACCAACAAGCUAGAGAAGCAGCUGCUCCUACAGACAAAUGAAAUCCACAAACUGCAGAAUCGGAACAGUGUGUUAGAGACACGAGUGCGGGCCAUGGAAAGCAAGCACCAGAGUGAGCUGGAGGGCAUCCGGGGCGAGAGGGAGAAGCUCCGGCGUCUGGUGAACCGUCAGAGCAGCACCCUGGAGGGCCUAGAGAGGAGCCUGCACGCAGCCAACAGCAACACAAGCCUCCUCCAGAGGCAGCAGCGACAGCUCCUAGACUCCGUACAGCGCCUGGUUCACAUUGUCUCCAGCGGCAAAGCUCUGUUACAGAAGGAUGAGCGACCCUUCCAGGACUGUUGGGAAAUCCGUCUCUCCGGGGUCAAUGUCAGUGGUGUCUACACUAUCCACGUGGCCAACUGGACGGAGCCCAAAAAGGUAUACUGUGACAUGGAGACCACUGGUGGGGGGUGGACUCUCAUUCAGCGCCGAGUGAAUGGCAGUGUAAACUUCCAAAGGAACUGGAAAGAUUACAAACAGGGCUUUGGCGAUGCUGCCGGUGAAUACUGGCUGGGCAAUGAAGCGCUGCACCAGCUCACCAGCCAGGCGUCCUAUGCCCUGAGGGUGGAGCUGCUGGACUGGGAAGGGAACCGGGCUUACGCACAGUAUGAGCGAAUCCAGCUGGGGAGUGAGCAGCAGUUCUACAGGUUGACACUGAAGGAAUACAGUGGCACAGCGGGUCACCAGAGUGGCUUGGUCCUCCAGGGCACCAACUUUAGCACCCGAGAUUCUGACAAUGACAACUGUCUUUGCAAGUGCGCCCAGAUGCUGUCUGGAGGAUGGUGGUUUGAUGCCUGCGGGCUUUCCAACCUCAAUGGCAUCUAUUAUCCAGCCAGGCACAAUGUCCGAAAACUCAAUGGUAUCCGGUGGCACUACUUUCAGGGCCCCAGCUACUCACUUCGGGCCACACGCAUGAUGGUGAGACCCACAGACUUCUAGAGCUAAGACGGCUCAGGCCUGGAAGGCCAUCGGUGGCAAUUGGGGACAGAGACACACACCUACCCCCAUGAACAGGAGAACUACCUAAAGCUCAACACACCAGGAAGAUGACUGUGUAAGAUGCUGGAAGGUCUGCCUGGAGGAGGAGUGGGACCUCAACAAACUGCUGGAUUCCACGAAUUCAUUUGUACCCUCCAAAGCAAGACCAGCUUUGGAUGGCACCAAAAUGCUGGGAGUCAGGGUUGGACUAGCCUCGCAAGAUGGCCAGACUGUCUCCUAGAGGCUACUCUAGCAUUGGUUCUAAGGCUCAGAUUCUUGUGGUUUCCUCCCCCAGAAAAGUCCCCAAUGAGCAGAAGCUCCUCUGGGCCUCUUGGACACAAGCCCCAGUUUGGGAAAGGAAGGCUUCCUCUCUCCUUGGGUUGAUCCCCACUUAAUUCUUUUUUUUUUUUUUUUUGGUGGGGCGAUGGGGGUUAAGUGACUUGCCCAGGGUCACACAGCUAGUGUCAAGUGUUUUCCACUGCGCCACCUAGCUGCCCCCAAUCCCUGCUUAAUUCUACUUCUGUUUUGACCUCUCUCUCCUGUCCUCUCUUGGCCUUAGCCACUCUCCCCUAAUCCAGACCAUUAUCCUUUCCAUCCUCAGUCUGGGCGGCCCCUCCUUGUCCUCAAUGCUGCCAUGCAGGAUCCUCCUGACAUGGCCAGAUGAGCUGGCUCCAUCUCUCUUCCCCACCACCACCACCACCCACACACAUUUUAAUUAGAUCCAGAGAAUCAUCUUCACUCAAAAAGACCAAACUUUCUAGUCCUUGGUCUCUGCUGGGCUCCCUGGCUAGGAGUCCCAGCAGUGUAGACUGGUCUACUAAGAAUAAGGAAAACUGAGAGCAGAAGAAGGGAGUGGAUAUCCUUUGACUCCCUGCCUUUGAGAUGACUGGAAACUUGUACUUGGCAUAGACUUGUCGAGUGGUUCUCUCCAUCUUUGAAGCAGACCCCACUGAGGAAGACCUGGGAUUGGCCUUAAUGAGGUGACUCCCUCCCAGACACAGUUUCAUCAACCCCAUUUGGCCUUAAGGGCAUUUCUAUCCCCAGGAGUAGAUGAGGGAGUAUGAUGUGGCCAGGAGGGUCAAGGUAGAAGAAGACUGGUGACCCCAGAGAUGAACCUAUGGACAGAAAUAGUCUAACCUGGAGAAUGAACCAUGUGGAGAAUCUGAUAGGGGUUGUGGGGGUGGUAUGGGAAGUGUAAUAGAUGGAUCCCUGACCCUGAGGAUUCUUGCCAUGUACUGUCAGUGGGACUGGUGGUAGAGACAAGAGGACCACCUAGGUCUCCAGCCCAUUUUUUCUAAGAAUUAAAACCAGAGCUGCUCUGUUGGGCAACCACUAGUCAUCUCAGAAGAGGCCAGCUUUCUCUUGGAUCAGGCAUCCAUCCAUCCUCCAGGCAACAAAAAUAUGCAAGAGACACAACUAUUCUGGAGUACCAGCCUCCACCAUGCAAUCCUCUUUCUAAAGUGAUUCCUUUCUUCGUUUUCCCAGUAACUUGUGCUCUCCCCACAUCCUCCUGAACCUAUUUCCAGGAAAGGAGGUUCUCUCUCUGAAACUAUCCAACCUUGUGUUCCCCCUCCUUAAUGUGGCCACUAUUGAGGGGGAGAGGAUAGCAAAGGGAAGAGAGGCAGGAAUGAAGGGCUUUGUCCCCAGUAGAAGGAUAUCCCAACUUCAGCAAACAGGGAAGGUCCAAAGGUAUAGGAAGCCUCCUACUCUGUCUCUAGGUAAGGCCAGCUCUGUGUUCCUGUUGUGGGGGACACAGAAGAAGAAGAAGACGUCCCUACUGCCCUCCACGUACUCACAAUCUAGGUGGAGACAGCAGCCCCAUAAACAGGCAGAGGAAAAAGAAGACAGAUAAAUCAUGGUGCUAGGGAGAAACCAUUGGUCAAAGGAGAAUCUGUCAAACUGAGAGGAUCUGAGGUUUCUUCCAGUUCCAGAUCCAUGACCCUGUGAUUUGGGUAAUAGUCUUAAGACUCGUGCUUUUGUUAGAGAUAAUAAGGUACAGAGAAGACAGUCAGUAUUCUAAGGAGAGAUCAGCUGGGUUUGGAAUAAUCAAGGAAGAUUUCCAAGGGAGAGAGCACAGCAUAGGCUGGGAGAGACAAGAAUUGUGUGCAGAAGAAAGAGGGAGAUUUGGGUGGAUAGAGAGCAGCCGGGCCGGCAAGAGAAAACAGAAGUUGGCAAAGCCUUUUUGUCCUUGAUUCAGAGAAGGCUCCACACAUUGGAUGCCAGAGUCAGGUUCCCAGAAGAACAUUGAGCCAAAUGUCACUUGCUCACUGGUGAGGCAGCAUGGUAUUUUGGGAUGAGGGCCUGGGUGUGAAUCUCAGCUUCACUCCUUACCAGCUGCUAGACCUUGGGUAAAGAAGAACCUCCCUGGGUCUAAGUUUCCUCAUUUGUAAAGUAAAGAGGGCUGAAGUAGAUGAACUCUCUUAAGUUCCUUCCGGCUCAAAAUAUAUAAUCAUAAAAUUUGAUGGGGAUAAAUGUACAAUCCCAUCCUUGGGUCCAAAAAAUAAACUUCACAAGUACAAGAUGGGGAAGGCAUGGUAAAAUAACUGCUAUACUGAAAAAGAUCUGAGUGUGCUAGUGCAUUACAAGCAAGGGUGUGCUGGUAAAUGUUUAACAAUUGGCUCUCUAAAAAAAAAUGUAUGGCACUCACACUUUUAAGUUUAAUCUGCAUUAUUCACAUUUUUUCCAGCACUUUUUAAAGUC